AUAUAUGCUAAAUUAAUUAAUUAAUUAGGCUAUAUAUGAAGUUGAAUGAAAACGGUUGAAGUAUUCAGUCAUAAAAUAAUGUAAAUAUGUAAAUUAACCGUGGUGCAUAAAACUGAAAGACAACACAAAGGCGUUCACUGACAAUCGAGCGCGUACACAGACGCGCGUGCGCACAUAACGGCGGCGCGCAGAUAAAUUCAGAUCAUCUGACUGAAUGUCACGUUGCGCGUUAUUUCGUUACAGACCGAGACGCUACAAAUUCCCGUUCGUUUUUAAAAUAUGCUAUAAUUAGUUACAUUUCUUCAUAAACGAACGGGAACGCUCCUCAGCAAAGUUUUAGGAAAUUCGUUUUAUUUGCGGGAUUUUUUUUUUUUUUUUCUCCCAGAAUCGUCAAGUGAUGUCUCAGUCAAAGAAAAUAUUUUAUGCAUUUGUUUGGUUCUGCUUGCAUUUUGAACGCCGAAUUGGUGUGUUUGGUGUUGAGAUCAGUGAAAUGAAAACAGUGAUGGAGGGAGAUUCUGUCACUCUACAAACAGCAGCACGGAGAGAAGAAGAACUGUUUUGGAUGUUUGGACCUCAAGGGAUUCUCAUUGCUCAAGUCAAAAAAGAGGCUGGAGUCUUCAAAGUACAUGAUGGUGCUGAUGGGAGAUUCAGAGACAGACUGGUGCUGAACUAUGACACUGGAUCUCUGACUGUUAAAAACAUCCGACCUGAACAUGCUGGACUCUAUAAACUAGAGAUCAUAAGUAAUACAAUCUCAUACAAAACAUUCAAGGUUUCUGUAUAUGAUCGUCUUCCCAUUCCUGUCAUCACCAGAGACUAUUCACAGUGUUCCUCAUCCUCAUCAGGCUUAUCAGCGUCCAGAUGUGGGCUGCUGUGUUCAGUGUUGAAUGUGAGUCAUGUGACUCUCUCCUGGUACAAAGGAAACAGUUUAUUGUCCAGCAUCAGUGUGUCUGAUCUCAGCAUCAGUCUCUCUCUACCUCUGGAGGUGGAAUAUCAGGAUAAAAACACCUACAGCUGUGUGCUCAACAAUCCCAUCAGGAACCAGACCACACAUCUGGACAUCAGUGAACUUUGUUGGCCCUGUCCAGCUCCUCUGCCGAUUCCUGUCAUCACCAGAGACUCUCCAACAUGUUCUUCAUCAGUUUCACACCAGAAUUGUUCAUUUCUAUGUUCAGUGGUGAAUGUGAGUCAUGUGACUCUCUCCUGGUACAAAGGGAACAGUUUAUUCUCCACCACUAGAGCAUCUGAUCUCAGGAUCAGCCUUUCUUUACAUCUGGAGGUGGAAUAUCAGGAUAAAAACACCUACAGCUGUGUGGUGAACAAUUCUAUCAGCAACCAGACCACACAUGUGAACAUCGAUCAGCUCUGUCAGCCAUGUUCAGGCCGUGUCCACUGUUGUGGUUUUUCUGAAACUGUGAUCCGAUUGGCUUGCUCUGUUCUGGUGGGCCUGGCUACUGUUGCUGUGCUGGUUUAUGACAUUAGAUCAAGAAGAUCUUAUCAGAAGAGGAGAGAGCAGACACCGCAUGCCGAUGAAUAUGAUGAUGUUGCAUCAGGUCACUAGGGGGCGAUAAUGUUGCUCUGUUCUUUAUUCUUCUCAGGAAUAUGAAUAAGGAAUAUUCCAGGUUAAAUGCAUCUCAGAAUCAGUUGACAGCUUGCAUGCUGUCAGUCAUACAUACAGAAUAAUAAAAUCCAGAGUAAUCAAAACAUGAAAACCAAUGCAAUAAUGUGCACUUUUUAAUUGUUUCCUAACUUGUCAUAUUGCCAUCUGGUGGUUAUAUUAGGUACUUUUUUUAAUGUACAUAUGUCUGUAUCCCCCCACCCACACACACACACUUUUUAAUGUAAAGUUAUAUUUUUAUACCAAGAAGAAAUUAUUUUUAUUGGUUCAUAAAAACACUUUUUUUAAAUACAUUUUUAAAAUGUCAUGAGAAAUACUUUAUAUUGUAUGAAAAACAUGUUUGACUGACAUUGAUUUAUUUACUUUUUUUUCCAUGUUAACUGUAAUAUCCAGCAGAUUUAUUAAAGAUAAAAAAUGUCUUGAAUUUAACAAUUAAUUUAUUUACCUGUUAUAUUGCAAUCUUGCUCGA